AAACCAAAUAGAAAUAUACACAAACUAAAUAGAAAUAUACACAAACCAAAUAGAAAUAUUCACAAACCAAAUAGAGAAAACUGUGUAAAGAGAAGAAAGUGCCAAUAAAUGACCAAAAAACAAAGAACCAAUUAAGUGCAAUUAAUUUAACAAACGGUAAAGGGACCAACAACAGCAACAACAACAAUGACGAAAGGAAUGGCCAGACGAGGGUCGAACAGACGCCACAGCGACGGCGGCAGAGCGGCCCGCAGAGGCGCCCUAGCAGCAGCAGCAGCAGCCAACAACAUCAACACAAACACCGCCAAUAGCAGCAGCAGCAGCAGAGCCCUCGGCGCAGGCGCCAACACCAACACCAACGCCCCAGCCAAUACAGAGCGCCGACGCCACAGCCACCCACCGUGUGAGUACCCAGCCACUGCCAUGGCCGAUAUAUCCACGGCCACAGCCACUCCCCCCUCGAGCCCCGUAAAAACAGCAGCGCCAAUACUGGCCAUGCCCCUCCACUCCCGGCUGCAUAGCGGCGAGCAAUUCUGCUUCCGCCAGUGCCAGGAGGAGGUGGCACAAAGAUGGGAGGCGGCAGCGUCGGCCGCCUCAGCAGCGCCAAUACCAACAAAAAUACCCACCGCAAAUCCCGCAACCCCGCCAAAUCCAAAAAACCCGCCAAAUCAAAAGGGAAAGGCCGAUAGGACGCCGCUCUCGCUGCCGCUUUUCCCGCCUCUCACGCUCUCGAACAUCCAAAACCGUUCGGGAGUAACGGGAGAGGGAGAAGACGGAGGAGAGCCGGCAAACCGACGCGCAGGAGCAGAGCGCCAAAUCGGCCAACGGGCAGCUACACAUACACACACGAACGGAUCGAACCUGUUGCGAGUCGAACUUGGUUCGAGCUCGAGCAGCGGGUCGAUCCGAGCCAUAGCCCAGCCAGCACAUAUACAACGACAAACAGCAACAAAUACACAACCACAAACAGAGCCACAAUCACAGCCAAUCCCAGCAACACCAAAACGACGCCGCGCCCUCAUCGAUAGUGGGAGUGACGAUGAGGAUGUGGCUGAGACGAAGCAGGCCAGACGACGGGGCCGCCAUCACCACCAUCACCAGCAGUGGCUGCCAAUCAAAAGGCCUAUUAAGAAGAGGCAAACGAUGGAGGAGCUGGAGGCCAUUGUCCAGGAGCAGCUGAGGCAGCACGAGCUGCGGCAGCAACAACAGAGGCAGCACAAACAGAAAACGAAUACAGCCAACACCAACACAGUUGCCGCUCCUGCCUCUCUGCCGCAAUCUGCACAGCCAGCACAUGCCCCUGCCCCUGCCUCUGCCUCUGCCACUACUAAUACUAAUAAUGACAAUAUCAAUACAAAUAAUGACGCCAACGCAAUUACAAAUACAAACACCAACACCGUCACCGCCACUAACACCAGCACCAUCGCCACAACCAACACCAACACAACUACUGCCACUCCCAAUACACACACCCUUGCCAUUGCCAAUGACAUCCGGCACGGCGAGUUCGGGCAUCAGCCUGUGGAAGACAGAGGGCUGAGGAUCCUCAUCCGAGGUCUUCCUCAUUCCACGCCCUCUGUCUGGUUCCGGGACUGCAUGCAGGCCGAGGGGUACACGGUCCGGUAUAGUCGGGCGAUCACCGAUCGAUUUGAUCGCAGCCGCCAAUUCAACCUCUUUGAGGCUGAGAUUGCCCCCAAACCGGACCGUGGCCAAUUCGAUGUGUUGAAGCUGCGACGCCUGGGUGGGAGGCCCGUCACGGUUGAGAGACUUGGAGUCUCCCGUGACCCUGCCCAGUGCCAUCGAUGUCAGGUGUUUGGCCACACCCGCGCAUAUUGUAGACGAGCUGCUGUCUGCAUGAAAUGCGCGGGUGGGCACCUGACGGCGGAGUGCAGCAAGCCAAGGGCUGCAAAUCCCAAAUGCGCCAACUGCCAGGGCGCUCACAUCAGCUCAUACAAGGGAUGCCCAUCCUUUAAGGCAGCCAGGCAGCGGCUCCUGGCCCACAGGGUCGCCAGGGAGGAGGAGCGUCGCAGACAGCAGCCACAGCCAAGCCAACAGCAACACCAGCCAAUACAACGUCGCCAGCAGCAGCCACAUCUACAGCCAUUCCCAAAUCGGCAGCAGCAACGCCAACACCAACCGGAUCGGCAGCAUCGGCAGCAGCAUCGGUAUGGCGACCAACAUCCCCAGCCAUCGACCAGGGGGCGCCAAUACCAAAGGGUCCAGCCGAUGCAGCCGAUCCCAGAUCGUGCUCCGACGCCACGCCAACACCAGCAACAGCAGCGGCCAGCAGCUCAGUGCGAUGGGAGCUGUGCCCAUAAUCUGAAAAGAUAUGCGGGAAAAAUUAGAGAGCUGGAGGAAAAGCUGGCAGCAAUUACAACACAAUUGACAAACCUGCUGCAGGCAAGGGACGAGAGCACGGGAGGAGUGCCGCUACUUCGGACAACAGCAGCAGCAGCAGCAUCCACACAGCCAUCACCAAGACCAGCACCAAAUACGCAUCAUGACGCCGCAGCCAUAUCGGACUCUGAAUCCGAUAUGGACUGCGCAGCAAUUGAUGACGAGGAUGACGACGAAUGGACCGACCACGAUCCAUUCGACGAGGUGGAUGGCCUGGGCGGUGCCUACUGACGUGCCCAAUCGUCGUUCCCGAGACAGCCACUGCAAUGAGGAGAAAGACGUCAAUACAGACAACAACGAAAAACGGCCAAAACAGACGAAAUCCACACGUACCUGCCAAUCAACAGACAGAGCUGACCAUCAAGAAGCUGCCUCGCCACCAAUACUGACAAUUCCUGCCAAAUGGGCGGAAAAGGAGGCCCCUUUUUGAUGGCGCUGCCACCA